GGGUCGCCUUCUGUUUCACGUUACCGCUAAUAAUCGAUUAAAUUCGAGAAAACGUCUUUUGUCUUUUCCAGUCAGUUGAAAAUCGUUCACUGUAACUAGUGACCAUUGCCCGCUUUGAGGUUUAAAAUUUUCUUAUUUGGUUCAAUAUUUAGAGUAGAAAUGUCGGUAACGAGGAAGCUGAACCAAUUAAAGGUCGAUAAGGUGCUACUUGCGCGUGCGUUCACAAAUCGCCACGUGGCCUAGUCCUUUCGAAUGCAAAUUUACUUUAAACAAAACUUACUUUGAAUAUUAUUUCACCUAGACAUGGAAGAAAUCGCUCUACACUUUUAGAGCCUUUACAAAGUAAGAAGCUCGGCUUUGCUCGGUUACACAACUCAACAUAUUUGGCCCAAUAUCUAUCCUUUGAAGCGUGAACAACGACGCUAAGAUGCGCCUUUUGAUCGUAAUUUUGGCCCUGUGUUUACACUUGAUACCUGCGAAUAGCCGCCAUCUGCAAUUUCAACUUAGCGGCUUUGAAUGCUUCUACGAAGACCUGGUGGAAAACACGGAAUGCUCGCUAGAAUAUGCACCUAUCACCGGUGCUGAUCCUCGCAUUGACGUGUACAUCGAAGGACCCGACAGUGAUGUUAUUUACAAAGUAGAGAAGAAGGACUAUGACCUCCAUAAAUUUAACGCUACCAUGAAUGGAACGUACACGAUCUGCUUCAGUAACGUUUUUGACUUUUCUAUUGGGGAAAAUCUUGUGUACUUCGAUUUAGUCAAAGGGAAUGAAGACGAAUUGGGCUACGAGGGAGUUAGCGGAACACCAACAGCCUUGACUCUCUUCGAAAAGUCUUUCCUAAAUAUUCACGAAAAUUUGAACUUGAUCGAGAGAUAUCAAAAUUAUUACAGGUUACGAGAAGCAAACACCCGAAUGGCUGCCGAGUAUUUAAAGCAAAGAGUACAGUGGUGGUCAGUAGGACAGUCUUUUAUUAUUGUUUCGGUUGGUAUUGCUCAAGUUUACAUGCUGCGUAGAUUUUUCACUGUUUCAAAAGAGGAUCUAUAAAUGUAUAUAAUUAAAUCUUUACUUUUAUUUGUGGUAUUGACAGAUGUUCAUUGUUUGCGUCGUUGGAUUAUUUACUAUUCCGCGCAUCUCCGGACGACUUCGUUCGAGCUCACCUUAAAAACUUCAUACAUUUAAAAUCAAUAAAAUGUGAACAUUCCAAAAAUUAGGACUCUCUUAUUCGAUAAUGUCGUAUUGUAAGAGCAUUGGUAUGGUGAUAUGUUGAAAUUGAUCGAUGUAAAAUCGACAUGGCUAACUGCUUAUUGAUAGAGUAGCACUUACAAGUUGAGACUGAUUUGAUUUAGCAUCGAUGUCAGAGCGUUAAACGGCACAUGCCCACUGCGGGCUCUUUCCUUCUUGAUGUGCGAUGAUACGUUUCGACGUUUGAUGGGACUUUGGUGUAGAAGACAAGUCAGGUAAUUGUCCUUACAAAAUAGUGGAUUUCAGUCUAUCAUGGAUAUCUGGGAGGAUAUAUAUCGCAGAUCUGGGAGGAUAAUUUUUGAUGAUAUUGAAGAACGUUAUGCUCUGUGCUAUUUAAUUGUCUAUAAGAACUUAAUAAACACAAGUGAAUAAGAGGCUUCAUGGACGUCUUAAGUUGUCAGGCGAAGGGAAGAAAAUGUGUUUUGCUCGUUUUCACUUGUAUCGCGCUUUUGAACGCACCCACUACUGAACGCUGAAGAUGAGUUUAAUUACAACUGAAACUUGUAGGUGUAGGUUAAGUGACCUAACUGUGAAGAUGUGUUAAUUGGAAGUUCCUAGUUAGUAAGAGAGGCCCAUGACGUUCAAAACACGUCGAAAUAUGUCAUAGUUGGUCAUCUUUUAGCUUCUGCUUUGACGCGUUGUCAGCCUUAGACUAGAAUUCUCCUGUGCUUGCUCGAUUUUGAGUAUUUAUGUUCUGCCUUAGAGGAAGAACGCUUACAUUUAGGAGACUAAGAUGCUUAAGCAUUUGGUCAACUGAUUACACUGGUCAUUGGUAGAAAAGCGGAGUGAUUAGAUGGAAAGCCACAUGUAUACCUGCAAUGUUUUGUUUUUCCUUCUGCUUUUCUUGUCGAGUUCACGCGACAAGGAGGUAUUGGUCCCUCUAUGCAUCAGCAAUGAAAACUUUUCAAGGAAAGCUAAGCCGGGUGAGGAACGAUUCCCUUGAAAAAAACCCUUUCUAAGUGCCCGAUCAGAAUUUCUCUCGAAAUUUCUUCCUUUGUUUUAUUUCUUGAAAAGUUCCCUUGCUCAUGGAAGUUAUGUAGAGAGGGACAUUCAUUAAGGAAAAAGCAACUACCAUCGGAUCAAGUAAUUACUCAAGUAACACUCCAGUCUCCACUGAAUUACUUCACAGCGUCGUCGUUUGAUUUAUUUAGUAACAGACCAAAAUUAAAAUAUACGGGAACAAUCGGGCGUGAGAGACCUCGAUUUCUCCAUGAUUAACUCAUAGUAAGCCGAGCCUACUCGCGGCUAACAAGUAAGUACAUAUUUCAGGAACAUCAAGUGAGUGCUGAGGACAACAUCAGUUCUUUUAUUUAGCCUCAGCUACAAAUCAUGCUGCGCCAAUUUCCGAGGGAUCACGCUAACAAGGAAGCAGUACAAAGUAUCUCAAGAGAGCAAAGUUAAAUUCGCCGUUUUAUUUUAAGCCAGUUAAAGCCUGACGCCUUGAUUUCUAUUUUUAUGUUUAUAUGUAAUAUCAUCAUGAACGAUUGAAACUUUUGCUUUUUAUGUAGAUGACUCAGUCCCCUCCAUGCUAUCCUAACUCGAAAUUUAAUUAGUCAUUUCUGGUUACAAAGCCAACAUCAAAUCAUUCGUGAGCCAAAAACAUAAGAACAAGCCAGCACACAACAAAAAAAAAUUGGAAUAUUCAAUUCAAGAAAUAAUCAUAACUUUAUCGACUUAGAAGAGCUCAGUUUUCUUGAAUAUACCAGCCGUGUAACAAUGAUUUUUUUUCCCUUUUUUCUUUUUUUUUUCCCUUCCCACUAAGUGCGCCAUUGUAUGCAACAUCACUGUCAAAAAAGGUAAAGAGCCUUUUAGAUCUCCAAGUUGUUGACAAAGAAAGCAGCCGUAGCACUACUUUUACUACCAUUUUUCUUAGCUCGUAAUUCAUCAACCCGAACGAAGGUUCGAAUCGCGUUGUGCUAUGUUGCUUUUACCCGAAGCAUUUUCCUAUUCGCCAACGGUAUUAAAUAUAUCUUAUUAACCAAGCGCGAGUGCCGUACUGGGAGAAUAUCGGCCCGAGGUCUUGACAGCACGGACC